AUGCUACACCUGGGGAUUACUCAGAGGUUAUCAAACAUUGAUUUCGCAAGCAUGGACAAGAUCGGGUGUUAUGAAUUUAUCGAAAUGUUCAUUGGAGAAAUGUGUGUGAAGCUCUAUUACUGCCAACCAGAUAUUUAUUUUCCCAAAGGUCUGACCUUAAUUUCGAAUGAGUUGGAUUAUGCCGAUUUUAUAGCAAUAACGUAUGAAUGUGGUGUUAUACUGCCUAUGUAUGUAGACCAUUUUGGUAAUACUAACAUGCAGGAAUGGUUGGAAGAACACAAAGAAGAGGUAGUUGAUAACAUAGUGGAAGAAGUUCUUGAUGGUGCGGGACUAGUUAAAGAAAUUGAGACAGGCCAUUUGGAUGACAAGGGUGAAAAUGAAAAUGAAAAUGAGGAUGAGGAUGGCCAUGGUGCUGAUGAUGUGGAUGCCGAUGAAGAUGAGGAUAACCAUAGCAACUCUAAUUUUAUCAAAAAGGAUAAUGGCCCUGAUGUCAAAAUGGGUGACAAUGCAGCUUUGGGGGGGGGGGGGGGCUUUAGAAGAAGCAAUGGAUGA